AUGGAUGUCGACACCUGUGAGCCGCUGAUAGACGCAUAUGUCGAUAUUUGGAACUGCAACGCUACAACUCAGGGUAUAUGCGCCGGUGUUGUCGGCAAUGGCAAUGGAGAUGCAAGCGAUAAAUCGAACUAUGACACGACAUUCCUACGCGGAGUCCACAAGACCAACGAGGACGGAGUGAUUCGGUUUGAGGCACUUUGCCCUGGCUACUAUGAUCAUCGCGCAACUCAUAUUCACGGUAUGUUUCUCAACCCAUCCGGAGAUCCUUUUCGAAAUAAUCUUCAUACUAUUCCAAUAACAUUGCUGAGCCAUACCAUGAAUAUCAACCACCUGCAAGAGAACAACACGUUAUUCGGUCUAAAUGAAGCUCACGACUCGCAUAUUACAAGUAUCCUCCUAGAUGGAAAUAUCAAAAUCGAAGUCUACAAGACAUGGCCAUAUACCGCAGACGAUAUAUUCGUGUCAGAGAUUGUCGCAGCCGGCGAGGUUCCAAUUUGGAAUACUUCUAUCUGGGCAAUAGUGUCACUUGAUGAGCUGCUCGCGUGGAUCACCCUCGGUAUCAACAGCACCGAGAACCAACCUGUGGACCCUGUGAUGUAUGACACUGGUGAUGGAGUGGUGAAUCCAAAUCGUUACAACAAGAGCUUUACGAACUAG